AUGUUUGAAGAGAAGAAGAACUUGUUCAUGGAUUUUGGGUGUUUUCCUCGUGAUUUCAGAAACCAAGCUUCAUAUAACGAUCUGGGUUUCGGAGCGUUUCCUCUUCCGACUUCUUCCUCCGAUGGAUUUCGCUUUUCCGGUGACCGCACAUCCCCCAUGACGCCGAUCAUGAACGACAACGACCAGUUUCUUAGGAACCUUCUAAAUCUGAAUACUACUAAGGCUUGUAGUGAUCUGGGUUUGUGUCAAAAUCUCAGUAAAAUGGCUAUUUCCGAUGAAGAAGACGACGGAAGGAGUACUAUCUUCACCGGAUCCCAUCCGUUUCUCGUGUACUCCGGCUCUAGAAAUCUCCAUGGCUUCUCCAGACUCGACCGGGAUCUGAGUCAUCACGAUCCGUUUCUGGAGUUUUCUUCUCGUCGUCAAGGUUCAGUACACAGCUCUUAUGGCGAAGUUUCUGCAGGUGGUUAUGUUGGUGAGUACUUUCACAGGCUCCGAUUGCUUGACUUGCAAGACAUUUCAAACCCUAAUCCCAGAGUUCGUGACAGAGAUUACUUGUUUCAACCUAUGAAUCAACAAAUCCGACCAGAUUCUCGAAUGAACCAUGAGGUUUUAGAGAGUAGAGACAUGAUUUUUCCACCUUUUUCAGCCAUGGGAGGUUCUCGCGAGCUUAGAGCUAAAUGUGUGAAGAAGAAGAGUUUGUUGGAGGAAGAUCAUUUCAAUGAAGAGGAUUUGCCACUAGAUCUUGAGUCCAUGGUUGGAAUCUACGGCUCUGUGUACUUAAUGGCAAAAGAUCAAAUGGGUUGCAGAUUAUUGCAGAAGUUUGUGGAAAGAGGGGGUUUUCUUGAUUCCAUGAUUAUAUUCGAAGAAGUGAUUAAUCAUGUGAUAGAACUUGGAACGGACCAGUUUGGGAAUUAUUUCCUACAGAAGCUUAUUCAAGUCUGCAAUGAAGAACAAAGAACACAGAUUCUCAUCAUGUUCACCUCAAAACCUGGAUUGCUUGUCACAAUCUCCCUCAACACUUAUGGGUAA